CUGCCACAUCGAAAAUCACAUCGACAUUCUGUUAGAUUUUUUUUUUUUAAUUCCAGUCAAUCAAUUCGGUGACACUGUUUAGCAAGUAAUUUUAUUGACUAACAAUUGUUCAGUGCAACUGUGACCUGAGACGAAUUCAAUCAACUGAAAACAAAAUCAAGAAAAGAUGAGCAAGAAGUAUUCUCGCGCUGAAUCAAAAACAGAUUUGUUGGACUUUUUGGAUCGUGGCCAUUCAGCAAAUCGUGAAAACCGAUGGACGUUUGAGGUCGCUUGGGAAGCCGCCAAUAAAGUCGGCGGAAUUUACACUGUGAUUCGAUCGAAGGCGUUCGUAUCGACUGAAGAGCUGGGUGAAUUUUACUGCUUGUUUGGUCCAUACAAGGAGCAAUGCGCUCGUACUGAGGUUGAAGAAUGCGAUUUCCCACCGGGCAAUCCCUUACAAGGCGCUGUAAACAAUUUACGCGCUCAGGGUUACAAGGUUGUUACGGGAAGAUGGUUAGUGGAUGGUAAUCCUCAGAUAAUCCUUUUCGAUAUUGGAUCGGCCGCAUGGAAAAUGGAUACAUUCAAAAAUGAAUUGUGGGAGACUUCAAGCAUUGGCAUACCACAUUUAGAUGUUGAAAGCAAUGAUGCCGUUAUUUUGGGCUACAUGAUAGCCGAUUUCUUCAGAGAAUUCACUCAUUGUUUAAAAGAGUAUACAGAACAAAAUGGCUAUGGUCCACCAAGAGUUGUUGCACAGUUCCAUGAAUGGCAAGCUGGUGUCGGUUUGAUUGCUGUUCGAACCAGAGGUAUUGAAAUAGCCACCGUAUUCACUACGCAUGCCACUUUGUUGGGCCGUUACUUGUGUGCUGGCAACACAGACUUUUACAAUAAUCUCGAUAAAUUCUCGGUUGAUGAUGAGGCCGGAAAACGUCAAAUUUACCAUCGAUAUUGUAUCGAACGUGCUGCCACGCAUUUGGCUCACAUUUUUACAACCGUCUCAGAAAUUACCGGUUACGAAUCGGAACAUUUGCUGAAACGUAAACCAGAUAUUAUCACACCAAACGGAUUGAAUGUUAAGAAAUUUUCGGCCAUUCACGAAUUCCAGAAUUUGCACGCCAUUUCAAAGGAGAAAAUCCACGAAUUCACACGAGGCCAUUUCUAUGGUCAUAUCAAUUUCGAUUUGGAUAAAACACUCUACUUAUUCAUUGCCGGUCGUUAUGAGUUCGGCAACAAAGGUGCUGAUGUCUUCAUCGAAUCGUUGGCACGUCUGAAUCAUCUCCUAAAAAGUCAACUGCCAGACGUUACCGUAGUUGCAUUCCUAAUUUUCCCAACCAAAACUAACAACUUCAAUGUAGAAAGUCUUCGCGGUCAUGCCGUCACAAAGCAAUUACGGGAUACCAUAAACAAUAUUCAACAGGAUAUUGGAAAACGCAUGUACAACACAUGCCUCGGCGGUAAUCUUCCAAACUCAUCUGAACUGCUUACAAAAGACGAAGUGGUGAAAAUCAAGCGUUGUUUGUAUGCACUUCAACGCACUGGCCAUCCACCGGUCACAACACACAAUGUAGUUGACGACUGGAACGAUCCAGUUUUGUCAUCCGUUCGCCGUUGCCACUUGUUUAAUACGGUGCACGAUCGUGUCAAGAUUGUCUUCCAUCCAGAAUUCUUGAAUUCAACCAAUCCACUAUUUGGCUUGGACUAUGAAGAAUUUGUACGCGGUUGCCACUUGGGUGUUUUCCCCUCAUACUAUGAACCUUGGGGAUAUACUCCUGCAGAAUGUACUGUCAUGGGUAUUCCAAGUAUUACAACCAAUUUAUCUGGUUUCGGUUGCUUCAUGCAAGAGCAUAUCGCCGAUCCAAAAUCGUAUGGCAUCUAUAUCGUAGAUCGUCGAUACAUCGGCUUGGACGAUAGUAUCAAUCAAUUGUCUACAUUUAUGUUUGACUUCGCCAAAAUGAGCCGUCGCCAGCGUAUCAUUCAACGUAAUCGUACCGAACGUUUGAGCGAUUUGCUCGACUGGAGAAACUUGGGAAUUUACUACCGUGAGGCUCGUGUGAAAGCUUUGAAAGCCGUUUAUCCAGAUUAUGUGGACGAAAGUGGCAUGGAAUAUUUGGAAAGUAACUUCAACUACCCAAGACCAUUGUCAGCUCCACCAUCGCCAUCAUCAUCGCGGCACACAACACCCCAUGGAUCACGUCAUGGAUCAGACGAUGAGGAUUCGGUUGAUGAUGAACUUGAGCUGAAAGAACUUGGAAUUCAUAAUAAUCAUUAAGACCUUUGGGAGCAGCUAGUUUGAGCAUGUAGUUAAGAAUUUGUUGCAAUUUUUGAGUGACUUUGUCAUUUGAACCGUUCGAUCCAAUGCGGAAAACUUGAAGAAAUCCUUGGCGAGUCUGAUAUUGAUUCAAGCCAAACAACAUCGAAUUCAUUUGAUACAAAUUGGAUGCUCAAGAGCAAUUUAGGAAUUAAUUUUUAAAAAUAGAAACAUUCUCGUUAAUGCAUUAUGCAGAAACCGUUUGAAUCAAUGUCAUUCGCGUCGAACAAAUACAAAAACCGUUGAUUACAGUCUUCGAACUUUAUUCAAGAGAAAAAAAACAAA